AUGGUGAACUUCCCUCAGUGCCAGGAGGUGACAGUGAGCUUCCCUCAGAGCCAGGAGAUGACAGUGAGCUUCCUGCUGUUCUGGGAGACGAGGGCGAACAUCCCGCGGUCUGGGAAUGCAGUGGCGAGGCUCCCACACAGGGGGAAAAGGACAGUGGACAUCUCCUACCCCUGGUGUGGGACCAAAAUGACCAAGCUCCCACAGUGUGGGAUGAGGACAGAGGACAUCUCCGGUCCUGGGAUGAGGAUGGUGGAUGUAGCCUGGUGUGGGACGAGGAUGGCCAAGCUCCCAAGGCAUGGGAUGAAGACGUUGAAGAUCUCCCAGUGUGGAAUGAGGAUGGAGGACAUCCUGUGUCUUGGGAAGAGAAGGAUGAACAUCUCCCAGCAUGGGAAGUGGACAGCGAACAUCCCCUGGCUUGGAAAGAUGAUGGAGAACCGGCAGCGGAACACCGUGAGCGAGGCGGAGCCUGCCGAGAAAUACCUGGAGCUGGAGCAGAUUGGCCAAGGGGCUUUCGGAACCAUUUACAAAGGACUGGACAGGGCCACUGGAGGAGAGGUGGCCAUAAAGAAAAUGAGUCUCCAAGGGCAGAACAGGGAACGAGCUGUGAAUGAGAUCCUGCUCCUGAAGGACAAGAAGAACCCCAACAUUGUCAACUCUUUGGACAGCUUCCUUGUUGAUGGAGAGCUGUGGCUGGUGAUGGAAUACAUGGAUGGAGGAACUUUGCAGGACGUUGUCAGACAGACACGCAUGGCUGAAGGAGAGAUGGCAGCUGUCAGUCGGGAGUGUCUGCAGGGCCUGGAUUUCCUCCAUUCCAACCGGGUGAUGCACAGGGAUCUGAAGAGCUCCAACAUCCUCCUGGGAAUGGACGGCUCUGUCAGGCUGGCUGAUUUUGGCCUCUGUGCUCAGCUCAGCCCUGAGCAGGACCGGCGCAGCUCCAUGGUGGGCACUGCUCACUGGAUGGCCCCAGAAGUUGUGACCAGAUCUCCUUAUGGCCCCAAGGUGGACAUCUGGGCCUUUGGCAUAGUGACCAUCGAGAUGGUGGAAGGAGAACCUCCUUACUUCAGGGAAACAGGGGCCAUGGCUCGCGCUCUGAUCCGGCAGAACGGGACCCCGCAGCUGCAGGAGCCCCGGCGCCUGUCGGCUCUGCUGCGGGACUUCCUCGAGUGCAGCCUGGAGCCGGACGAGGAGCGGCGCUGGGCUGCCCAGGAGCUGCUGCAGCACCCAUUUUUGUCAUCAGCCAAGCCUCUCUCCAGCCUGACCCCUCUGAUCACUGCAGCGAAGCAACUGAGGGAGCAGCGGAGGAGAUGAAGCACUUGAGGGAGCUUCUUGUUACAGUAGUUAGGACAAUUAGUUAGUUAUUGUAGUUAGCACUGCUAGUUAGUUAUGGUAGUUAGCUCUGGUAGUUAGUUAUGACAGUUAGCACUGAUAGUUGGUUUCGGUAGUUAGCACUGAUAUUUAGUUAUGGUAGUUAGGACAGCCUGUUUGUUAUGACAAUUUUUGGAAUAAAAACUCUCUCAAACCUCGA